UCUGUUAUGCAGUCUCGAGUACUCAAAGGUUACAAGUUUGAAGCUGACACCUCCAAGUGACCGGCGGAAGAUGUUGGUGGUGAAGACGUUCUUGCUCCAGCGCCCAAGAGAAGAUGGACCACAGUGCAGAAGUAGUCGGUUCGCAAACAGUUGGAGAAGUUCAAAGUUCCACCGCCGGUAAUUACUUUAGCCGAGGGACAAAAUAUUGAGCUACGAGUACUUGUAGAACCAUCUUGAGUAAUCGGUUUGACUUGUUAUGACCCUUUUUCUUGCAGCACGAUGAUGAUGCGGAUGACAGUGUUGAGGAUGCCACUAAAAAUAGUGUUCGACACUACUGAGACUACGUCUGAUGAUGUAGUCACGAUAGCAAAAGACGCGGCUGCAAGUGUAAGUUCCAUGGCGGAGGCAUCUGCAGAAAUCGCGACCGUAGCCCCCGAGACGACUACCACUGAUAUAGUUGUCGAGCCAGGUGUCGUAGUCAGCGGAGCAGAGGAUCCGUCGAAGGCUAUCGUGACUGAAGCAAGUGCUGACACCACAUUAGUUGAAGCCCCCACUGGUGGUGAGUUUGCUAGUACUUGACAGUAGUCGCGCUAGUAGUAGUCGUGCAUGCGUUGUUUCUGAAUUAGUUCUUGCAGGCACUAGCGAAAAUGACGGAGAUGUGCCGCCUGCCCCAAGCAAUGAGCUAGCUCCAAGUGUUCAGCCGGUUCCUAUGGUGAAGAAGCGUCGCCGAGUUCCUCCUCGAUCUAUCGAGUAAGUAGUCUGCUUUGGUUUAUUCCUCUGUUUUCAGUUGCUUUGGCACACUCUGUUUUCUUAUGCUUUGUCCUUCGACUUCAGUGCCUUUGAGUAUGUGGUCAUGGAUGCGGCCACCAUAGAUUAGCCAAAGGAGGUGCAGGUUCUGCCAAUCACGGAGUCUGACCUAGCCCAGAUCAUCGAUUUAACUGAAGAAGACCCAGCACCAUCGGAAAAUGCCGGUGUAGUUACAUUGGCGGCUGCCUUGUUGCAUGAUAUGAUUAGCUCCCAUGAAGAUCCGGUGCCACCAGCCCCCGAGGUUGCCAUUGAAGACCCGUCUCCAGUAGUCGCGACUGUGGUGGCUACAACAGUGGAGAGUACUGAAGGCAAAGUCCCUCUGGCUAUCCUGGUCGAGAAACCCUCAGAGCAGAGCUCUACACCAGCCCCCUUACCUGAGCAGGUAGUGACGAAGAGUACGCCUGAGGCGGAAGCAUCUUUUAGCCAGCAGUUGGUACUCGCACCUGUCGCCAAGACUAGUACAGUAUCUGCAGCUUAGGGGUCAGUGCAGAACAAGGAGAUAGUCGAAGAUCCUGUGGAUGAGAUCCCGCCGUACUCGGAAUUCGAGGAGAUGAACCAGCGAAUGAUAACCUUCACUAAGGCCUUGUAUGACAAAUCCUGCAAGCAUGCUGAGGCCGUUGCUACGCACCGCGUGGCGCAACUUGAGAAGGAGAUGGUUGAUGAACGUCGCCACACGGCUGAGUUCCUGAAUAAGUAUCAAGAUGACGUCAAUUCCUUUCAAAUCGAGAGGCAGGUUCAUAACACUAAGAAGAGUCGCAUGGAGGCCCGCACAAAAACGUUGCACUGGAGGUUGGAGGAGCUCAAAGGUCAAGAGGCCAAAUUAAGCAGCCAAGUACUCGAUUGGAGAAAUGCCCAUAGUCGUGCUGCUGAUGAAGUGGAACAACUUAGGGCCCAACUGGCGAAGGCGAGGGAAGCUCAUGAGAAGGAGAAGGAUAAUCGGCAAAAUUUAGAUAUUAUGCAUGCCGAAGCCAUGCUUGCUGUCAAGAGCUAGGCUGCCACGCUGGUGAAACAAUGUGAAGAGCUCGAAGAGUUGUCUGAAGCAGCCAAGGCACAAGUUGAUGUGGUGGAGCCCCCUAAAGAAGGAGUGGAGUCCCGCCCUCUGUUUGCAAGGUUGAAGGAUGCAUCGGCCCAUAACGGCAAUUUGGUGAAAAUUGUUUGUAAACAGGUCUUGGUGAUGGUAAAAUCCUUUUACCCAAAGGUGAAUCUAGCUUUAAUCACAAACGACAUCGCCAGAGACUGCAGUGAUGAUGCCUACACCCAGUAUUUGGAUGAUCUAGAGCUGGUAGCUGAACAUGUAGCGGGUUUUAUCUGCUUGGAGUAGUUGUAGCUUGUUAUAGUGACUUUUACAUUACCCAUUGUAUCUGAAUGAGUAUGUUUGGGUUUGUUGACCAUUAUGUACCUGAUGAGUACUUGCUCAUAGAUCUUUUGAUGAGUAAUCUCUAUGAUAUUACUCGUUGUUUUUGUGUUGAUAGUAGUCGUCAAUAUUGCAUUCGAGUACUGCGAAAGUUGUGGUGAGGCACGAGUGUAUUGUGCCCCUUUGCAUUAUUGCCUGUGUCCUGUAGAGUACUGAAUCCGGCUGCAUUAUUGUUGUUGUCCUGGAAAGGACCCAUGGGUGCACUGUGAAGGACUGUGUCGCUUAUGGCUUGAAUGGUUCACAUGCGAGCCUUGAUUCUGCGCAGGUGAGCUUUCACGUGAAUAUUGUCCUUGUAGAGGACAAGUCGAGUUACUAUGUAGCCAUGGGCGCGCCACAUUACCUGACUUUCCGGCUAUAAAUAGAGCCCCCAGCUGCCGCUGUGAAGGUAUGGAUUUGAUUAUAGCCAUGGCUAGCUUUAGGUUGCUUCUCUUUGACAGUAGCGAGUUUCCAAUGAGCACCCCGGUGCUAGAAGAUUCCUCAUAGUUAGGUUCCACAUUCCCUCCACAGAUCCUCAGGCUAAAGAUAAUGGCUGGGAUGCUAGAAGAAUCCUCGUAUGAGGUUUCACUGUGUGCUCCGUCUUUUCCCUUAAUCUCUGGUAGCGAUCAUGCUGGAGCUUGCAAGUGAAGGAUGAUGAGCUUCAUGGUCUUUAUCCAGCUGUCUGACUGAGGAUGGAGGCGUGGUUCUGAGUGCUCUCCUUCUCAUCAAUUUCUCCGGAGGAGACUCAAGUACACGAUGUGUGACUGGAGUCCAGUUCGGAGUACUUGAGGAGGGGAGAGAGUGAUCAUGCUGGAUGAGAGGACAGGGCUGCCUUGUGCCACAGACUCCAUCUGUGCCGCCGUCGAGGGGAGGAGAAGGGCACAGCUGCCUAGAGCGCAGCUUACUUGCGUGCACUUCCCGGCUUUCGAUGCAUCUUGCUCCUGAUCUGGGAGUAGUCGCCAGGCUCAAGUGUAUCCUUGUGAUAUUUUAAAAGCUUGGGACUUCUGUUGUAACUGCCAGUAGGUAGUUGCUUGUAGUCGUUGUUGAGCAAUUCUUUUGUACUCUUAACGAUUCAACUUCUAAGAGCGAAGCAACUGAUUGUAAUCCUGUAGAAUUUUGUUAAUACAAAAAAUGCAAGGAUGUAAUGAAAAUGAGUAAUCUUGAGUACUCAGUAAUUGUUUAUUGCAAUAGGAAGUUGUCUUGUGGAAGUCGUGUGACUAGUUUGGGUAGUCGUGACUUAAUAUUACAAGUCGAAGAUAGAGCGCAGAGGCUCGUAGAGCUGAGAAGCUCAAGUUGCAGCUGACUUGCUAUUGCAAGCCGCUAGACUUGUUAAUACAAGUCGAAGAUAGAGCGUA